AUGAAAGAUUUAACUUUCUACUUUUACCUUGUCAGGACUACAGAAACUGUGAGAGAAGAUUGUUCUACUGCAUGGGAGUGCUGUAGCUUGGAGUUUUUAUCAGAACAGUUCAAUAGUUGCUGUUAUGAUCAUGGAUGCGGUCCUCUCUGUGAUAAAUUUUGGCCCAAUGGAAGUGACUCCCAAGGUGGCCCUACUGCAUGUUGGAACCCUAUGAAAUGUGUGUUGCAGAAGGUAUCGACCUUACCACCAUACGUAAAAGGAAUUAUAAUGCAGACUAGUUAUAAUUCAGGGAUUACUGGGGCCACCUGCAUGACUACAGUGAACACAAUUUGUGUAGAUGAUUUUGGCAUACUUAGAGCUGAGAAUGAAGAAUGGUUUGUAAGCUCUACAUGUCAGCAGUGUUGGUGUAAAAAUGGUGUAAUAAAUUGUCAGCGUACAAAGCGGCCAUGUCCUUUACCACCCCACCCAAACUGUAUAGCUAUACCUUAUGGCUGCUGUCCUAAGUGGGAUUGUGGUGCGAGCAAACAAAGUAUCAUUAGUUUUUGGCAACUAGGAUCACCACAAAUUUGGGUUCGCGUGUGGUUUCCAGACCCAAAUUCAUAUGGCAGAGAAUGCAUCCAGUACUUUGACCAAUGCCAGUCUGACAGAGAUUGUGGUACAGAAGAGCACUGCUGUUUGUUGCUGGUUGUGGAAAAGAAUGUAUGA